UCUCGCUGCUCCUCCUGAGGUGCUGCUUUCCCCCUUUCUCCUCUGGUUUUCUCUACGCGAGGUGGUGCGCGUGUCCCCCAGUCGUGGUCGCGCUGAGCCCUUCUCCUGUUCUCGUGGCCCCUCACGAUGGCGGGCAUCCUGUUUGAGGAUAUUUUUGAUGUGAAAGACAUUGAUCCGGAGGGCAAGAAGUUUGACCGAGUGUCUCGACUGCAUUGUGAGAGUGAAUCUUUCAAGAUGGACCUCAUCUUAGAUGUAAACAUUCAGAUUUACCCUGUAGACCUGGGUGACAAGUUCCGGUUGGUCAUAGCUAGUACCUUGUAUGAAGAUGGUACCCUGGAUGACGGUGAAUACAACCCCACUGAUGACAGGCCUUCCAGGGCUGACCAAUUUGAGUAUGUAAUGUAUGGAAAAGUGUACAGGAUUGAGGGAGAUGAAACUUCUACCGAAGCAGCAACACGCCUCUCUGCCUACGUGUCCUAUGGGGGCCUGCUCAUGAGGCUUCAGGGUGAUGCCAACAACCUACAUGGAUUUGAGGUUGACUCCAGAGUUUAUCUGCUGAUGAAGAAACUGGCCUUCUGAACCUCGUGGGAAACCAGCCUUGCUGCUUAGUCACUCAGGACAUGGAUAUUGUUCAAGCCUGAAUAGCAGUUUCGUUGUUCACCUGAUAAGGAGGGGCUGUCUCUGUUCAUUGUGGGUGCAUCUUUAGCUGGUCUGGACUCAAUGGAAAACUGACUUGCCUGUGAAAGAUACAGUGGGAGAGCUUAAAGUGAAUCAGAAGUUGUUUUGUGGAUAUGACUUUUUAAUUAAACUUUACUUUUUCAGACUGUCCCCUUCUU